AGGGUCAAAUUUAUGAAGGGAGGUAAUCAGCAAGCACUUGGUACAAAAUGGCUGAUUCACGUCGUUGUUAUGCGGCACUCUUGAAUGGUUUAGCUAGAAGAAACUAUUUUGGUGAAAAAGAAUUGAGUAAUGAAGUCUUGAAAGAACAAAUAUAUCCCAAACUAUCGGAUGAAGAAUUUGAACAUCUUGUUACAAAAUGUACAGCUCUUAUAAAGAGUAUGGUUGCCGUUGACAUGGAUUUCAAUCAACUGGAAGCUUUCUUGACAUCUCAAAUUAAAAAGGCUGAUAGUGGAAUGAAUGAAGAACGAGCUAAUGCUGUCCGUAAGUUCUGGAAGAAUCAAAGGAACAAAAUUCAUGACAUUCAAGUACAACAAACACAAUGGAACAGUUGUUUGAAGCAAAUGUCUUGGAGAAUUGAUUUAAAAUCUCAAGCAAGACACAUUGAACAAAUUGAUAAACCUACAGCCAUUGUAGAAUUGAUGGUUUCAAAUAAUUCACAGACCACAGAUGAUGAAAAUAAAAAGGCUAAAGUAUUUCAUUUUGAAAUGGAUGACAAGAAAUUAGACCAAGUUCUAAGCAAUCUACACGAGAUCAAAGAACAGAUUUCCAAUCACAGUCAGCAAUAAUUAUAUUUAAUUAAAAGAAAUUAAUUUUGAUAAGACUUUGUUUAUAUUUGUUGUAAAAUAACCAAUCAUUUGUAUAUUUCCCUCAUUCAUUAGAAACAAUUUAUUCCAUCA